AAUUUCUUUUGAGUGGUUUAUACGAACGAGUUCCAAAUUAUUGGAGAGCAGCGAGCAGCCAUUUUUAGUGGCCAUUCAAAUUAACGAAGACUCAAAAAUGGAGAGUCCAAAGCACAAGACCCUGAUAUUGCAAUCGGCUUUGUUCUUCUCGCUCUUUCUACUCUCUGUUCUCCAUGCUCCUGCCCAGACCUUGCCACCUGCAAGGGUUGACGGCUUCGUAUACAAAAAUACCCCAGUUGACUCGGAUACGAUCAUUAUCGAAGCGUUCUACGACCCGGUCUGCCCCGAUAGUAGGGACUCCUGGCCUCCUCUCAAGCAAGCCCUUCGCUACUACGGCUCUCGCGCUUGGCUCGUCGUUCACCUCUUCCCCUUGCCUUACCAUGACAAUGCUUUUGUUGCGUCUCGUGCUUUGCACAUUGUAAAUUCAUUGAAUGGUUCUGCCACUUUCCCCUUGCUGGAGCACUUCUUCAAGUAUCAGCAGGGGAAAUUUUACAACGCCCAAACCCGGAACUUGUCCAGGGCUCAUGUUGUUAGCGAAAUUGUGAAGUUUACAACAGAAGUAGUUGGGAACUCCUAUUAUGGUGCUGUUAAAUCCGGCUUUAAUGACACAAAAACUGAUCUGAAAACAAGGGUUUCCUUCAAGUAUUCUGCUUCCAGAGGUGUAUAUGGGACACCUUUUUUCUACGUAAAUGGAUUUUUGUUGGCUGAUGCUGGCUCCGCUAUGGGCUUCAGUGGAUGGAGAAACAUCAUCGAUCCAUUAAUUCGUGCACAGGGCGUCAAGAGCGAGGACACCCUGCAUUUCUUCCUAUGAACUAUUUGAUUUCACCUUGCCAGUAGGCUGUAGUGCUGAAUUCUGUAGCACUAUCCCAGUAGCUGCCAUGGGGUGUAAUUUAAUCCCGCAACAAAGGCUUUGCCAUAAAAUAAAGAAUGUGAAAUGCAGUUUGAUUAUGAAAUU